CUAGAGGCUCCCCCUCCGCCACCUCGGAGGGGAGGUCCACCAGCAGGUAAUGGUGGUGUCGGUGUUGGUCAGCAGACGUCUGCCACCAGCUUUCUUCAGCUCAGCCAGGAUCAUCUUACCGCCGGUCAGCACCAUCAGCCGCACCAACAGCCCACCAUCCAGCCGGGCAUGAAGCUGUUCCCGAACUAUACGCCACCGAUUCCACCGCACCACCACAACGGUAAUGGUGGCGGUAUGGGAGACGGUAGCAGUCCGGCCAACCAUCACUACCACCAGAUCACGUACCAGACGCAAACGCUCGCCCCGUUGCGGCUCAAUCAGGAACACUUCUUGCCGCACGGCAGCAAAACGAACACGGUCAGUGCGUCCGCCGGCGUCAAUCAGUCGCGGUUGCACUCCAAAUAUCAAACCCACCAUCACCAUCUGCAUCACCACCACCAGCACGGUCCGAUGCAGCCGGGUGGCAAUGUAUCGCCCGGACCACCGACCACUGCCACCAUCGCGAUGCAUCAAAGCUACUCGCCCGAUGCACAGCUGCAUCAUCACCAUCAUCACCAUCAUCAUCCAGCGCAUCAGCAGCAGCAGCAGCAUCAUCAUCGGGACGAUAUGUCCGAUCGUGAGGACGAUGAGGAUGAUACGCUGGAUGUAAACGAUGGAGAGGGUAGCGGGCAGAGCGAUGCCACAUCACCACCCCAAAGUCCCCUCUCGCCCGUUCCACCCGAGCUGCCCAUCCGCAACGGGUUGCUGGCAAACACGCUGAACCACAUCAACAACAACAACAACAGCAGUAGCUGCAACGGCCCAAUGAUGGUCACGGAACGUAUCAGAACACCGCCCUCACCGCCUGUCACACCACCGCCCCCGUCCGCUAUCACUACCGGUGUCACGCUGGGUAACGGCCGCAAGACCCUGUCGGUGGCACGACACUAUCAUUAGGUUUAAGUAAAUCAGCAAACGGGAGAAUAGACAUGGAUAGACUGGAUAUAAGCUACUUGUUCGCAUUGGUGGCUAUAGUGAUGGAUGGUUGUUUUAUUUGCUCUGUCCAGCCAACACUUACCCUUAACCUUGUUUUGCGUGGUGUAGUAGAUAGACUUAGUAGGGAUAAAGAAUUCGAUUGCGGGCCAGUUGCGCCGAUUCACAACUCAAAUGUUAUGUGCCGUUUUGGGAAACAUUCGUUUAUUCCUAGUCACAACAACCAUGGUAACAACGUUUUUUGUCACUCAGUUUACAAUGGGUAAAAGAGACUAUCGGCGAUCUUAUUCUACUGAAAAAAAAUGUGUUGAAAUACCUGCCAAAAGGCUUGUGCGGACGUAUCUGGUUCCUUAGAGAUGGAAUUGGUUGAAUUUACAGUAUUUUCAAGAAUUAAUGAGAAAAUUUGGAAAUUGUUUGUUGAUACUUUUUAAGUAAAAGUGUCCUUUCUUGAAGUUUUGCAAUUUAAUGUCGAUUCCUUGGAAAGUUUUUUCCACUCACAUGGACAAACUUGGUUUAGCAUAGAAUUGACUUCAUGUUAGAAAAUUUUCUUAAUUUUAUCAACGAUUUAAACUCGCAAAACCCUGUAGGUAUUUCCCAGUGCUAUUCUUAAUAAUUGUUUAAUGAGUUUCCUACUUUUUAAUAUGCAUUUAAAUUUGUUAAAGUAAGAAUCUUUUCAAUAUUAUGUGCCACUUUCAUGAACAUUAGUAUUUUUCGUAAUCUUUCGUUUAAAUAAGUUACAUCUUGUCCUAGAAAUUUCUUCACGAUAUAAAUGAUGAGAUAUGUGGAUGAAUUGCUCCUCUGUAAAUCAUCUUGGACUGAAAUUGGCCCUUAAAAAACACACACACAAGCACAACAAUCUUCGUCCAUUUCCUGAGCACCGAAUAUAUCCUGUUUCCUGUUUCCAAAGCAUCGUGUUAGUGCCGUAACAACGGUACGAAACGGUACAAAGCGGCCACCUGGAAACGAAUGAUUGCGAACGUUUAGAGUGUGUGUGUGUAUGUGCUUCGCGAAAUUAGGAAUUGAGCAACCCAACCAACCUCUCCAUGACCGCGCUCCGGUCGGCGGAACCGUGCUGUUAUUGUAGCCGAUGUCGCCGAUGUUUUCUACUGUACCAGAAGAGGCAACCGGCUGUACCAGUCGCUAUUCUCGAGGGUUGCGGCGACGAGUUGCGAUGUGUAAGGGACGCACAGGAAAUGUUGUUUAAUUAAAUUAAUGGCCGGAAUAAUGUCGGUGACAUCCGGUUUCGUUCGCGGGCGAACCGUUCCGAUGCGUACGAUGGUGAAAGGGAUUUCGAGAGAGGGGUGGGAGUGAGUUGGAUGGAAGUAUGGCAACCCGGGACUGUGACGGGAAGUGUUUAUUGAUUUAGUUGAUGAACACGACUGUACCGCUUACGUUGUGCGGGAAAAUUCCUCCUUACUCUGUACCUUCUUAGCGGCGUUGACCGCACAUUAAGAGUGAAAGAUUUUCCUCAUAAGUCUAAUUUUGUAACAAAAAGUUGGAGCGUUACUUUGCAGAAGGUUUUCUAUGCUUGGUUGGAGGGAAAGAAAGCAGGGAAGAGAUAUGUAUAGGCUACCGUAGGGACAGUUUCUCGGGAAACCAUCAUGAAGUUACUCCAUACUUCAUCAACCCAAUAAAAACGCCACCAGGAUCCCUUCCAAUGAUCAGUCGGGGAGCCUAAGAUAAAGAAAAAGAGCAUCAAAAAUAGGAUUCAAUAUCGAAGAACAGCAAUGAUUGAAGAUUGAAGACAUUGUGGACAUUUGUUGACAUAAAAAGGCCUUUUUAUGACGCUUUACAUGGGAAGCAUCAUGCUCGUCCCAUUAGUGUGCCAUAAUUGUAAUUAAACAAACCCACUAGGAGAAGUUCCUUUUUUUCUGUUCUGGUUGAAUAUAUUUGAGGGACAGUUUGUUAUCUAUUAGCCAUGGUUAAAUGGUUCACUUCAAAGACACAUCUAUAAUGAGGUACACUGUAUUUACUUUCUUUUCGUGGGUCAACAUCAACAUGAUUCUGUAUUUUCUUUUGGCAACGCCAAGUUACCACAAGCUUCCCUUUUUUUUGCUGCUUCGUCCAUUGCUGCAAAACAUUCAAAUGAGUGGCGAUAUUUGAAAGGCACAUUUGCCUAAUGUGCUACUCUUUUUCCCAUGAUUGCGCUGACACCAAACGAAAAGAGCCAUCAAUUUGCUACCAUUUUUAUUAUGUUUUCGAUUGAUGUUUUAGGUGAGUGAAAGGAAAUGGCAAAAACCGUCGACUCUCUUUUUUAAGAAGCGAAGAUUGUGAAAUUUGUAAAAAAAAAAACUACAAAUGCACCCGACAUUUCGCCUUUCACGUCUUUUAACCUUAGCACUACCGAUCAGCGGCACUCAUCAAUCGGUGUUUUUUUUUUGUGGCGUUCAUCACCAUCGUUGCGGAACUACCGAACCGAGGCGAAAGUAGGGCUCACGAUCUGACCCUGACCGCGGUAGCCGAGUCGCAACGCGAGUGUCGACGUGAUGUCGGGACUGUGUCGUGUGCUGCAGCAAUUAGCUAUUCGUCCCGAAGCGAAUCGAGCUGUACAGAGUUCGAAAUGGGGCGGGCGAAUCUUACGCUAGGAAUUAUCUCCCUCGAGUCACCCUUUUGGGGAGCAAACCGAUCGAUUACGCCUAAGCUCGCGGUAUCAUGUGACCGGAUAUUUCUUGACGCGGGCGCGGUACCAUCCCACAAAACCCCAUUAUAGGACAUUCGGAGAAGCUUUCCCCGGGCAUUCGGUGGAACUCCAGUUCCACUCAUCGACAGUUGCUUGAGUGUUUUGCUCCUUACCGCGGGUGUGUACUUUUAAUAGAUCCAUCAAUCAUACUCACACAACACAGCAGAAGCGCAGCAGUUCCCCCGGCGCGGGAACACAUAAUCAACGGUCUCGGAGGAAUGGGUCCAGAUAAAUGAUGCUCUACAUUUUCCCGCCUCGUUCCCGGGUUGUUUGAAAACCGAACACGACACACCAAACCGGUGGAAACUUACCGCAGCCAGACGAUUUGAAUGCGAAAUGUAAUGGCUAAUUGAAUGGCUGAACUGAAAUGAAAGCGUUCACCCUCGACGUCUGGGUGAAGAAUUUCACGCCCAAUCAGCUCAAUAUGUAUAGUCCAGGACGGGGCGUGUUUUUUUAAAGACACAUUGGGAGUGUGGGAUUUUAAUUUGCCUGAAAGGUACAUCAUCUUAAUUAAUGCUCUCAAAAAUUGGAGUCUUGUUUGGCAAAAAUAUCCUCACAAGGCAAAAAUAAAUAAAUGAAAGGUUCAGUAAGAAUUAAUUUCCUCUUUUUAACACUAAACUUUCCAAUUGCAUCACUCCCAACUGGGAGAGAUUAGCUUAGUGUUAGCUUUUGGGAUUGUAUUGGUACCGAAAUCAAAUCUAAGGAAGAGUGUCCAAUUAGCAAAGCUGCCUAAUUAAUUCAUCUUCCAAUAGAAUGAGACGAAGAUCGCUACAUCUUUAGAGUUUUCUCCUUAAGCUUAAUCUUGACUAGUUUAAGCUCCAAUAUUGCUUCAAGGAUUUUGCAGCGCUGGCGCAGAAAUAACAUCAAAACCCACCAGAAACGUUUUGUUAUAUCCUGCCAAAGGCCUAAAACGAUUGCGUUUUUGAUGUUUUUUUUUAAUUUCUUCGCGGAUUCACCGCAGGCUACCAAUCUGGCAAUCUGGAACUGGAAAUUCCACCACCAGCAAGUGGAUGCAAAUUCGGAGAAAAAAAUGGACUGCUUUCUCACUUCUCACAAGAAGCACACAUCAAAGCCGAUGUGUUGGGGAAGUUGAGGGAAGGAUGGAGAAAAAAGUGAAAAUAAUUAAACCAUUUAAAGUUAAAAUUGAACCGCCUUUGGGGAUGGUGGCGCGAGUUGAGAAUGGCACAUUUUAUAGCCCCUUAUUCAGUCCAUCAUUUGGGUGUUGGAAUUCUGGAGCGGUCAAGCAAGAGUUAAGUGUAACGCGUAAUGACACUUAACAGUCACGUCCACACCGGCCACCUUUUUUUGUGAUGCGCCUUUAGGGCCAAACCGCCGUGUGUGUGUGUCUCCCUUUCAUUCGUUUACCCUUUGGAGGGUUGGUUUUUUUCACAGCCACAACAAAUAGGGGGAAUAAGGGAGUACCGGGAUGCAUUAAUUUGAAUUCCACCGCAAGGGCAUUAUAAUUAUGUCAUAAAACUAAGGCCACGGAAAGAGGAGCCCGCGGUGUGGGUGUGUGGUGUAAUGGGUGGAGGGGUUGGGACACAUUUGGGUGAAAAAUAAAGAAGCAAGAUCAUAAAAGUUCUUAUAUGGCGAAAAAGGGUAAAAAAGAAACGAGCAAAAUAGACACCAAAACUGGACAAAGAAGGACAAGAACCCCCGAUAGUGAAGGAUAAUAUAAUCGAGAUGAAAUGAAAGAUGGUUAAAAAAGCCUUAAAACACAAGAAAAAAGAUCGAAAAACAAAAACAAAACCUAAAUCCCCCCUGCAAAAACAAAAAAAAACCUUUUCAGCCCAUAACCUUUGAGUUGUGACGGGCGUUUGCGUCGCAAUGCAAUAAUGUGGAGCGGUGGAACGCGAGCGUGAAAGAGAUAGUGUAAUUAAAUUAAAUUAUAUUCAAAAAGACCACGCGACUCGUAUUUCUUUCCUGUUCGUGAAACGCAAACACGAAACACCCACGAUGCUCCCUUUUUUUCACUGCGUGUGACCAUCCGGUACGAAAUAUGGCGGGAAGUGAGAUUUUGAACGGGAAGCAAAAAUUGAAUUUAAAACGAAACAAAAUUACCAACUUGCCGCCUGCUCCCGCUGCUCUUAAGGGUGGUUAGGUCACCUACAAAACUAGAUGAUGAUGAUGAUGAUGAAGUGGACCGUGGCACUAAGAAACGGAAGAAGACGAUGGUCAUAAAGUACGUGGUAGGAAAGGGCAACAGAAGAGCGGGAGAAAGAAUAAAUGUUCAAGAAGGCAAUAAAAUAAUGGUCCAUCACCCCCGGCCCGGCGGUGAUGAUUAUGUCGGCAAAGGUCGGAAGCCAUCGUUGUGGUCGAAGGAAAACAGGAAAAUAACAACAAUAAAAACAAACCACGGUAUACCGAGGGGGGGGAGGGCGAGGACGAAGGGGAUGGUUUUUGAAGGUGGUAAUAAAGUGAAAAUUGAAUGAUAAUAUACAAACGAAAUGCGGCACUACACCAGAAAAUGGGGUGUCCUCCCCCUUUUUUAUACCUAGUAGGCGACAAGACAAACUUCAACUUAAAAAGCAAUAUUUCUUCUACAGAAACAAAACACUGAAUAUUAAUAUUACUGUUGUGCUGCGAAUGACACUGAACGGAACCGAGAGGCAAAGAGGAAAAGAGAGAGAAUGGAAAUUUUAGCACUUAAAAAGAAACUACUACAAUUUCACCUAUACUCUUCGCUAAAGUGAUAAACAAAACAAAACAAAAAAAAAACAAAAACCCCGAAAUGUUACUAUCAAACUCUACACUGCUCAUGUACUAGUGGAAAUGGAAUUGUACUGUUAAGCGGAUAAGAUUACUAAAAGCGAACGAAACAAAAAAAAAACAAUUGUUCAAUCCGUGUGUAAUAUGUAUACCGCCCCAGGUAGCAUAGCGAAAGGGUGUAUUUUAACCGAUAUAAAAAGAACACAAAUCAUAAAGCGAAACCAUGCCACAAGCAAAGUCAUCUAAGCAGUAUGAAGAGGAUAAAAUUCAACCGAUGCGUGUAAAUAGAUAGCAAAACAACAAAUAAGAGUAAUAGAAAAGAGUGACAAAACGCAAGAUGUGAGAAUCGUUAAAACACUAGAAAUCGUAAACAAUUGAUGUUACAACAAUCUGUACAUAGCAUAUUAGCGUAAAAACACUCUAAAAAAACCGUUCCCUAAGUGUGUGUGUGUGUAUUUUUCGAAAACAAAAUGCAAAAUUUAAGUACAGUGUGUAAGGAACGAGAGAGAACGCGAAAAUGGUUCGGUGUGAAUGGUGGAAUGGAAUUCUUACAAAAAACUGGAAUUAAAUUGUCGUACUCUACUAUAUCAUGCAUUCUUAUAGGUGGGAAGAAAGAAAAAAAAAACAAGGGUAUCAAAUCGAUCAAGUUCGAAGGGGUUGUUAUCAAUUUUAAAUUAAAACAAACAAACAAAAUAUACUAUACCAUAGCUAGUGAAAAAAAAGAGAUGAAAAAUCAUGUAAAAAAUGCAUUCGAAUGCGAAAAACAAUUUGAUUAAAAUGAAAAUGUAAAAAGCGUACAUUAACACCGUUACGACACGCUUCUACCGUGGUUGAAGGCGUAGAAAACGAAUGAAAUGUCCAUAAGAGAGAAAAAAAACAUAAAAGUUUCGAGAAAAAGAAAAAAAAAUAACUGGAUAGAAUAGAAGCGAACAACAAGAAACAAACAAAAUCAAACCAAACAUAAUCGUGAUUUGUACCCCUCGUUUAGUUUUGGUUUCGAUUUAUUUUUUGUCGAUGAAAUUAUGAAAAAAACGAGUAUAAUGAAACGGGGCGAAAAAAAAACAAACUAAAAUUGUCACUUAAAAUCGUUUAAAACAAGAAAAAAAACAACUUGCACCCAAACCACCCCCCGUGUGCGGUGAAUUGAUGUAUGGGAAACUCGUGCAACAACCAUUCAAUGUUGUAAAUAUUGAUUAAAACUUAGCAAUUCCUUAGCCGCGUGCGCGCAUCCGCAAGGAAAUGAAUUAGACGGUAAAUUAAAUAACACGAACUGGUAGGACAAAAAUCAAAUCGAGUAAUAUGAAAUGCAAACUGUGGAACUGCAACCAAGAAAAACUGAUGGAAAAUAAACGAAUAAUUUUUCAUUAAAAAUAAA